UGUUCUUCUCUUAACAAGCAUUGUGGGUUUGAUUUGUGUUCCAGAUGGAAGAAGUUUCUCUUAAUAGUGAGCCAUUGUCUGAAGAUGAGUGUAAUGAGUCUGUGAUGGAGAGAGAUUUUGCAAUAACAGAAUGUGGUGGUCAAAAAGGUUCCACCCUAAGGAAUAAGGAGCUUGUGCCACCUUUUGUGGGAAUGGAGUUUGAUUUUUAUGAUGAUGUUUACAACUAUUACAAUUGCUAUGCUAAGGAACUGGGAUUUGGCAUCAGAGUAAAGAGUUCAUGGUGUAGAGAAAAAAAUAAAGAGAAGUAUGCUGCAGUAAUUUGUUGUAGUAGAGAAGGUUUUAAAAAGAAACGAGAAACAAACCGUUUAAGGCCAGAAACAAGAACUGGUUGCCCAGCAAUGAUUAGGGUUAAGUUAAUGGACUCUAAAAAGUGGAAAGUGAUGGAAGUUAGUCUCGAGCACAACCAUUUAAUUACUCCAGCUAGUGUGCUAUUCUAUAAAUCUCAUAAGAGCACAGGUGUUGGAACCAAAAGGAAACCGCUUUUAGAUAGUGAGGUUGAAUUACAAGCAAAUAAGUUGUUGCAAACAUUUGGCCUAGACGUGUGGAAUCAAGAAAACUCAAGUUUUGAUGAUAGAGAUGCCUUGUGGUUUUUGGAUCAGGAUGUGCAACUGAAGAUUAGGGAAGGAGAUGCAAAACACAUUUCAAAUUUCUUUUGUCGUAUGCAGUUGAUGAAGCCAAACUUCUUUUACUUGAUGGAUCUCAAUAAUGGAGGAAACUUGAGGAAUGUUUUCUGGGCUGAUCCCAGGUCUCGAGCUGCAUAUCAUUACUUUGGUGAUGUUGUUGCAGUUGACACCACCUAUUUAGCGAACAAAUAUGAGAUACCAUUAGUAGCAUUUGUUGGGGUGAACCACCAUGGACAAUAUGUUUUAUUGGGUUGUGGUCUGGUUGUGGGUGAGACAGUCGAGUCAUACUUUUGGUUGUUCAAGGCAUGGGCUACAUGCAUGUUAGGGCGUGCACCAUCUGUUAUAGUCACGGACCAUUGUAGGGCCAUGCGAAGAGCAAUUGAUGCGGUAUUCCCAAGAACCCAUAAUCAUAUUUCUUUGUGGCACAUUACGCAAAAAUUUCCAGAUAAACUGAAAGAAUUAUGUGAAUAUGAAUCAAUUAAAAGUUCAUUUGACAAAGCAGUCUACGAUUCUUUGAGGGUGAAUGAUUUUGAAACAGCUUGGGGUGAUAUGAUCCAGAGAUAUGGAAUUGGGAAUAAUGAAUGGAUUCAGAUGUUGUAUGAAGACCGUGAACGAUGGGUUCCAGCCUAUUCAAAGGAUGUGUUUCUUGCUGGUAUGUCCACUACCCAACGAAAUGGGAGCAUGCAUGCAUUUUUUGAUGGAUUUGUGAAUAGACAGACUUCCUUGAAGGAGUUCCUUGACAAGUAUGAAUUAUUCCUACAGAAGAAGCUUCAGAAAGAAUCCAGAGCAGAUUUUGAGUCGAUGCAUUUCAUCCCUGUCUUGAAGACAAAAUGCUGUUUUGAAUCACAGCUCUCCAAAGUGUAUACAAAUGAUAUCUUUAAGAAGUUCCAGUUUGAGGUUGAGGAGAUGUUCUCAUGCUUUAAUACAACACAAGUCCAUGUUGAUGGACUCAUUAAUGUGUACGUUGUUAAAGAACGUGCUGAGAGUGAGGGCGGUAGGAGGGAUAUUAGGGACUAUGAAGUUCUAUACAUUGCAGCUAAAGUGGAGGUCCAUUGCAUUUGCAAUUUGUUCAACUUCAAAGGUUAUCUUUGUAGACAUGCGCUGACUGUCCUUAACCAUAAUGGUGUGGUUGAGAUCCCUUUGCAGUAUAUUCUUCCGCGGUGGCGAAAGGAUUUUAAGCACAUGCAUAUUCCAGAUUAUGAAUCCAACAAUUUUGAUGCCAAACUGCAAUGGUGUGAGAAUUUAUACAAACGCGCCAUUCAAGUUCUCGAUGAAGGAAUCAGAUCUCAGGAACAUUACAAAGUUGCUCUGCAAUCUUUGGAAGAGUUGUUGGAUAAGGUUCGUCAUUUAUAGGCUAUUGAGUCAAGGAUGCCCUGUAUAACAACACCAGGCUAUUUGUAUUAAAUUCGUGACAUCAUUUGCAAGCAUUGCAAGCUGUUCAUUUGGAAGCAAAAGAAAGUGGGACAACCUCAUGAAACAAGAACAAGGUUUAAAGAGCACAUCGUUUUUAACCAUUGCUGUGGACUACUUUGCCGCAACGUCACCAAAUCUUUGAACCUGGUUUGCAGACAAGAGGCAUCUCUCAUGACUGGGUUUAGGUUGUCUUUAUCUUUCUUUAUACUGGAAUGUGACCUGCGUCAGAGGAACUUGGACCUGCCUGACCUAUCCUGCACGGUCAGCUUGAACCUGAAACUGUCCAGGUUGGUUCACUGUGAUGUAACACUUCUAUUUUUACAGUUUUUCUAUACUAAUUUUUCAUGUUUGUCAUAAAUAUAAUUUAAUGCUUGAAGAUUGUUGAUAUCUGUACAUUUUCUAGAUUGAAAAAAUCUUCGUUGUUAUCAAUGUGCAGGCAU